ACAUGAUCGCAAAUGACCCGCGCCCGGUGCCGGGGCGGCAGUUUCUCAAGUACCCUUCGCCCGCACGGAGCAGCAGUAAGUGUGGACGUCUGUGUAAGUGUGAGAGCAUCAUGGUGGCAUUUAAAGGAGUCUGGACUCAGCCCUUCUGGAAGGCCGUUUCGGCAGAAUUUUUGGCCAUGCUCAUUUUUGUCCUCCUCAGCCUCGGCUCCACAAUCAACUGGGGUGGAGCAGAGAAGCCCCUGCCUGUAGACAUGGUCCUUAUCUCUCUCUGCUUUGGACUCAGCAUUGCAACCAUGGUGCAGUGCUUUGGACACAUCAGUGGAGGCCACAUUAACCCUGCUGUGACCGUGGCAAUGGUCUGCACGAGGAAGAUCAGCCUCGCCAAGUCCGUCUUCUACAUUCUUGCCCAGUGCCUGGGAGCCAUCGUGGGCGCAGGCAUCCUUUACCUAGUCACACCGCCAAGCGUGGUGGGAGGCCUGGGAGUCACUGCGGUACACGGGGAUCUUUCCGCUGGCCAUGGACUCCUGGUGGAGUUGAUAAUUACAUUCCAGCUGGUUUUUACUAUUUUUGCCAGCUGUGAUUCAAAACGAAGUGAUGUCACUGGUUCAGUAGCUUUAGCAAUUGGAUUUUCUGUUGCAAUUGGACAUUUAUUUGCUAUCAAUUACACCGGUGCCAGUAUGAACCCUGCUCGAUCAUUUGGACCUGCUGUGAUCAUGGGGAAAUGGGAAAACCAAUGGGUAUAUUGGGUGGGACCAAUAAUAGGAGCAGUCCUUGCUGGUGCUCUUUAUGAGUACGUCUAUUGCCCAGACACUGAACUCAAGCGCCGUUUUAAAGAUGUCUUCAGUAAGGCUACCCAGCCGUCCAAAGGGAAGUACAUCGAGGUGGAUGAUAACAGGAGCCACGUAGAGACCGAUGACCUGAUCCUGAAGCCUGGCAUAGUUCAUGUGAUUGAUAUCGACAGGGGUGAGGACAAGAAAGGAAGAGAUCCAUCCAGCGAGGUGUUGUCUUCUGUAUGACUAGCAAGAAGCACUGAAAGCAGAGAGCAGCCUGCUAGCACGUCCACAGAUAUCCUUCCACCUAUUAAAGAAACAGAUCUCCUCUAGACUGAGCAUCUACCAUUUCUUGACAGGUAUGGUGUGGGCAGCUGCAUGGUAGUGGUGUCACCAAACCAUACGCCUGCUCAGUUGGAAGAUUAGGACUUUGCUAUAAUUAGGAUUCCCCAUCUAUUAUUCCAAAUUAAGAGUUGUUCCUAGUAUUUUCCUUUCCUUCUUUCUGGAGCAACCCCAAAGUCAAAAAAAGAGAUGAAAGCAUUCUCCUUUAAUAAAUCAGUCAAUAAUGAGAUAAAGAUAGAGAUGUUUAACAUUCAGAUUGACAGUUAAGACAUAUCAGGAAAGGCCCAUAGACAUGAAGACCUACUUAUCAGAUUGUUCUUCUGACACUUAAUUGGCUGUUGUUAGCUCCGAUUUGAACAUCUUAUCCAUUAAGCGUUCUCUGCGAGGUUCAGGGACAGCACCAACAGUAUUUAAGAGUUUUAUCUACAGUCAAGCAAAGGAGUAUUGUUUCCACUCAUGUACAUCACUGUUGCCUUGCAAACUACCUCUGAAAAAAUGAUAUUUUAAUAGGCUUAAAAAAAAAAUUUCUAUCAACCCAUCGAAUUUCAUUCAUGUGAUUUGUGCUAUAAAUAUAUUACCUUCAUCCCUUCCCAAGAGUAAAUAUGCCGAAACUGAAUGCUGAAGUCUACUGUAAUAAGGCUGAAAAGCAUUUGACUGUACUUCAUGCUCCCUCUUGUCAUUGUCUAUCUGGUGAAACAUUCUCCUGGGGUUUGACUGUUGACCAUUUAGUGUUAGCAGACUCUCAAGGUCAUGCAAAGAAUAUGAAGGCUUUCCUGUUACUUAAUAACUCAAAUAAGAGAUAUCAGAAGAAAAGAAGGCAUAUCUGUUUUCAGUGCACUUGUUCAAAUACACAUUUCUGUGCUAAUUUAUGUAAACUAAAGGUUUAAAUUACUUACCUACUUUCUUACA